GUCUGAGGGCGACUCAGACUCCAGAACACAGCUGGGAGUUCCACAGCCAUGUCUUGGCUCCGGAUCCGCUGAAGAGCCGCAGACGCUCGCCGCCGCCUCCAGUCUCUGGGAAGAGAGCUCCGGCGCGGAGGAGGCCUCAGGCGUGGGGAUAUGCGAGACAAGCGCAGCAUUGAGGACUUGCACAGACCGUUGGACACUGUGAGUUGACAGCCAAACAGAAGACCUGAUCCAGCUCCAAGAACAUCUACACACACACACGCAGAGAGAGAUCACGCUGCACAAAGCUCCGGGAUUAAAAGUGAAUUACUACAUUCUUCUGGUCUGUGCAGAGGCGGACUGAAAGAGAGAAGAAAAAAAAAAGAAAAAGAUAGGAGGCGGUGGAGGCCGAGGAGGGAGAAGCACAGCAGCCAUGAGAGUAGAAACGUGGAACCUGGGCAUGGUGCUCUUCUGUCUCGCUGCCCUGGGCAGCUGUCGCUCAGGCAAUGAGCCACUGUCCAGACGCCGCCGGGCUCCAGUGGACGACAAUAAAAGAUGCUCAUACACGUUCUUAGUGCCCCAGCAAAAGAUCACAGGACCUAUCUGCGCCUCAGCCACAGGCCCCGAUCCAGAAAAGGAUCGAGUGACACGGAUGGACAUCUCUGACCUGAAGGAAGUGCUGUCCAAGCAGCGUCGCGAGAUUGAGACGCUGCAGCUCCUGACCGAUGUGGACAGCAACUUGGUUAACGAGAUGAAGCUCCUGCGCAAGGAGUCACGCAACAUGAACUCACGUGUCACACAGCUCUACAUGCAGCUACUUCACGAAAUAAUACGCAAGCGUGACAACUCGCUGGAGUUCGUGCAGCUGGAAAACCGGGUGCUUAACGUGACGUCCGAGAUGCUGCGCCUGGCCUCGCGCUAUAAGGAACUGGAGCUGCGCUUCGCUACGCUGGCUGGCACCGUUAACAACCAGUCAGUGCUGAUCUCCCUGCUGGAAGAGCACUGCAUGCGCGGGUUCGGACGCCACGAGCUGCCCGCAGUGCCACCGCUGGUCCAGGUGGUGCCUGAGACCAUCCCGGCCAACAACAACCGCUUCACCAACGAGAUUCACAGAGCCCUCCCACGUGGUUCACGCAUGGACGUCCCUCCGACCGCUGACCCUCGGGGCAUCCCACCAGCACCACAGGGAACCCUGAACUCUGACGGUCCAUUCCGUGACUGUUACCAGGUUUGGCAGGCAGGACACAGCACCAGUGGGAUGUACCUGUUAAAGACAGAGGGUAGUGACCGGCUGAUCCAGGCUUGGUGUGAGCAGGGGUUGGACAACGGCGGCUGGACUGUCUUUCAGAGGAGAAAAGACGGUUCGGUCAACUUCUUCAGGAACUGGGAGAACUAUAAGAAAGGCUUUGGGAAUAUAGACGGUGAGUACUGGCUUGGGCUGGAGAACAUCUACAACCUGGCUAAACAGGGAGACUACAGGUUGAUGGUGGAACUGGAAGACUGGUCAGGGAAGAAGGUCUACGCCGAGUAUAGCAGCUUUCGACUGGAACCCGAGCUUGAGGGCUACCGUCUGCGCCUGGGCACCUACCAGGGGAACGCCGGAGACUCGCUGACCAGCCACAACGGCAAACCCUUCACCACGCUGGACCGUGACAAGGACUCUUUCACAGCAGGAAACUGUGCUCACUUCCACAAAGGUGGCUGGUGGUACAACGCAUGUGGGCAGACUAAUCUGAACGGUGUGUGGUACCCUGGAGGCGUGUACCGCAGCAAGUUCCAGGAUGGGAUCUUCUGGGCUGAUUACGGAGGAGGCUUCUACUCACUCAAGUCCGUCCGCAUGAUGAUUCGUCUGAUCGACUGAGUCGCUUCUCGACCCUUCAAACAUAACAUGUUUAUUCAGUUAAAGUAAAUAUAAUCAUCCUUUUACCUUACCAAGGACAGCACAUCUAUUAGAACCUGUAGUGUGUUAACAACAUGAUCAGACGAUUCCAAGACACGUGGAGCGUGGAGAGAGAGAGGGGGGGACAUUUUGGUCUGAGACACCGAGGGAUCAGAAAAGGUCUCUCUGAGGUUUCUGGCUCUCUGCCGUCUCAAUCUGGUUCUGCUCUCUCUUACAGACUUUUCAUCCUUUUGACAAAAAUUAGCUAGGAAAUCCAUACUGUACACAUUUCCUUUUGCAGUUCUGAUUGUUUUUCUCUUACUCUAUACACGAGAUGGACUGGAAACGGUCUGGGCUGAGCGCUCAGGCAGCUUUGAUGUGUACUGGUCUGUAAAUAUCCAUCUUUUAGGUUUGUUGUUUUAUUUUUUCAUAUCAAGAGUUCAUUUAAGAACUCCGAUAGAGAACUGCCCGUAUCCGCAUCUGUUAUUUAUCAGUAGUUAUUUAUAAUAGUUAUGCUAUUUGUUAUUUAUGCCUGGUUAUGACGUAUGUUGUGCUUUUUGCCAUCCACACAUUCAUCUGCAUGUGUGUGGCGAUUGGGCCACGAUACAAUUUGUAUGUACAUAAAAAACACGGCGCAAGUAAAUAAACUUGUACAGCACUGAAACAAA